AUCUUGGCUCCUCUUGCUUAUGUGCUCGAAAGGUUCAAGGAGCAUGUCUCAUUAGAAUUGUUGAGAAUAAGAUAUAUGACUACAAAUUGAAUGUUUUUAAACUCAUCUCAUGGUUGUAGGAAUCGAAGACCCAGCUUCUCAUUUGGUGUCAUGCUAAAAAUAUUCAUUCUUGCUAUGUUGGGUAUAACAAUUCAGCAAAAUGUAUACUACGUUGGACUCCAUCUCAUUUCUCCAACUGUUGCCAGUGCCUUGGGCAAUGUCAUUCCUGCUUUUACUUUCUUAUUGGCAAUUGUACUGAGGAUGGAAAAGCUCAACUUGAAGACUGUAAGAGGGAGGGCCAAGCUUGCAGGGGCCAUCUUCUGCAUCACUGGUUCCCUGAUCUUCACAUUUUGGAAAGGUCAUUUUGUUGGGGGCCUUUGUUACUUCACCUAUGAUCCAACUUCAUUUCGAAAGUCCUGAGAAAGGCGAUGCCUGGCUUAAAGGCUCUGCUCUUAUGCUAU